AUGUUUGACAACUGUGCACGGCGUGAAAGAGUGCUGUGGCGAAGCCAGUAUUGCUUUGCAUGGCGUAUAUGCCCAUGCAUAUGGUUAUUCAACCAAAGGAAUAUAACAUUUAAUAACUUCCAUUAUAUGUGUCUCUGUCUCUCUUUCUUUAUAUUUGCUCCACCUAUGAUUUGUGAUGAUGCAAAAAUGUAG